AGUAGCCGGAUGUCUUGCAUUUUCUUUCCAUUCUGUUCUCUUCUGUUCUCCUGAUACCACCUCCUUACUAGACGUAGGCACUAGACGUGACAACUACAUUUGAACUGAGCAGAGAAGAGGGAGUGAAGGCAUUGCGAGCAGGAGAAAUGUCUCAAACGCAGCUUCAGUCACCUAAUCAGACUUUAAUUUCAAUCACAAAUGACACAGAAUCAUCAAGCUCUGUCGUCUCCAAUGAUACGGUAACACAUAAAGGACAAACCCGAGACAACUCUCCAGGAAUAGAAGCUCUGUGUGCCAUCUACAUCACUUAUGCUGUGAUCAUUUCAGUAGGCAUCCUUGGAAAUGCUAUUCUCAUCAAAGUCUUUUUCAAGACCAAAUCCAUGCAAACAGUUCCCAAUAUUUUCAUCACCAGUCUGGCUUUUGGAGAUCUGUUACUUCUGCUGACUUGUGUGCCAGUGGAUGCAACCCACUACCUGGCAGAAGGAUGGCUGUUCGGAAAGAUCGGGUGUAAGGUGCUCUCCUUCAUCCGGCUCACUUCUGUCGGUGUGUCAGUGUUCACGCUAACAAUUCUCAGUGCUGACAGAUACAAAGCCGUAGUGAAGCCACUUGAGCGACAGCCCUCCAAUGCCAUUCUGAAGACGUGUGCAAAAGCUGGAGGCAUCUGGAUCAUGUCUAUGAUACUUGCUCUACCAGAGGCUAUCUUUUCGAAUGUAUACACGUUUCGAGAUCCCAAGAGAAAUACAACAUUUGAGUCGUGCACCUCUUACCCUGUCUCUGAGAGGCUCCUGCAAGAAAUACAUUCUCUAUUGAGUUUCUUGGUGUUUUACAUUAUCCCACUCUCGAUUAUCUCUGUCUAUUAUUCUUUGAUUGCCAGGACUCUUUACAAAAGCACCCUGAACAUACCUACUGAGGAACAAAGCCAUGCCCGAAAGCAGAUUGAAUCCCGGAAGAGAAUUGCCAAAACGGUAUUGGUGCUGGUGGCGCUGUUUGCUCUCUGCUGGUUGCCAAAUCACCUCCUGUAUCUCUAUCACUCAUUCUCUUACCAAACCUAUGUAGAACCAUCUGCCAUUAAUUUCAUUAUCACCAUUUUAUCUAGGGUGCUGGCCUUCAGUAAUUCUUGCGUAAACCCUUUUGCUCUCUACUGGCUGAGCAAAACCUUCCAGAAGCAUUUCAAAGCUCAGCUAUUCUGCUGCAAGGCAGAGGUGCCUGAGACUUCUCUGGCUGAUACCCCUCUUAACAACCUGGCUGUGAUGGGACGGGUCCCAGGUACAGGGAGCACACAGGUGUCUGAAAUUAGUGUGACCCUGUUUAGUGGUUCUGGUGUGAAGAAAGAAGAGGACAGAAUUUAAUUUCUAUUGAAAAAUCGUGAUUUUCCCCCCAUCGUGUGUAUCCAGCUUCAAGCUGUG